GCAGGCAGUCACCUCUAAGCAAACAUUUUAUUUAUUUAUUUCAACUAAAACGUAAAAACUAGAAGAUUUGGUAGGUCUUUACGCACAGCGCCAGGGCUUCUGGUAACUUGCGUUUACUUUGACAGCACAGUUGUGUAAAAUUCUUGAUCAGCUGGGCUGUUUUGUGGCUGACUUGUUGUCAACAUAAUGUGGGGGAUCCAGAGGACGCGGUACGCAGACUGCAACGGCUCCGAGGCCAGUGAAGAGACGGAGAUUGUUGUCAACAUCGGCGGGGUGAAACAGGUGUUGUAUGGGGACGUGUUGAAUCGCUACCCGGACACUCGGCUGGCAGAACUGGUGGACUGUUCGCUUAAGUCUUCUGAAGAAAUAUCUCUACUAUGUGACGACUACGACCCUGACACAGGGGAGUUUUAUUUUGACAGAGACCCCGAAGCAUUUAAGUGUAUAAUUGAGCUUUAUUAUUAUGGAGAGAUUCACAUGAAACGAGGUAUCUGUCCAAUUUGUUUCAUGAAGGAGAUGGAGUUCUGGAAAAUCGACUCUGAUUUUCUGGAUGACUGUUGUAAAUGCCACCUGAAGGAGGUAGAGGAUGAACUUGCAGAGAUCGCAGAGAAAGUGAGAACUAUCCUGGUGGACCGAGAAGGUGAUCCGUCUGCUGAAGGCUGGCAGCGCUUCCAGAUGUGCCUCUGGAGGUUGAUGGAAAAGCCGGAGUCCUCGCUGCCUGCGCACAUAAUCGCUAUAGUUUCUUUUAUCUUCAUCCUCGUCUCAUCUGUGGUGAUGUGUGUCGGGACCAUCCCCGACCUGCAGGUGGAGGACUCGGAGGGUAACCUCUCGGAGCACCCGACUCUGGAGGUCAUCGAGACAGUGUGCAUCGGCUGGUUCACUAUUGAAUACCUCCUGCGUCUGAUCUCCUCCCCGAAUAAAAUAAAAUUCGUCCUGUCUUUCAUGAAUAUCAUCGACUUUAUGGCGAUCAUGCCCUUCUUCGUGGUGCUGAUUCUGACCUCCUUCGGCGCAGGAGUGAUGGAGCUGGCUAACGUGCAGCAGGCGGUGCAGGCUUUACGCAUAAUGCGCAUUGCGCGCAUUUUCAAGCUGGCACGACAUUCCUCUGGACUCCAGACCCUCACAUCUGCUCUGAAGAGCAGCUUCAAAGAGCUCGGACUGCUCCUCAUGUAUAUGGGCGUAGGGGUCUUUCUUUUCUCCGCACUGGGCUACACCAUGGAGCAGAACCACCCGGAAACCUUGUUCACCAGCAUCCCACAGUCGUUCUGGUGGGCGGUGAUCACCAUGACCACGGUGGGCUAUGGAGACGUCUACCCCAAGACCACUUUAGGUCGCUGUAACGCGGCCAUCAGCUUUCUGUGCGGGGUGAUCGCCAUAGCGCUGCCUAUACACCCCAUCAUCAACAAUUUUGUCCUGUUCUACAAUAAGCAACAGGUGCUGGAGACUGCGGCCAAGCAUGAGAUUGAACUGAUGGCGCUGCGCUCUGGCGAUGGCCGGCUGGAGGCUGCACCGGGAGACCAUAAACAUGUUUGCGGUACAGGGGUCUGGGAAGGCGCCAUGCGCUCCUGUCACAGCGACACAUACAUGCCCUUACUGAAGGAUCCCAGGGGAGGGGCAGGGAUGCAGACCCCCAGCAUGGAAACAAGCUUUGAAAGCACAGCUGAGACCACUGAAUAUUUCAUCUCAUGAACACUGAAGACUCUGCAUCAUUCGGAAAAAGAUAAACCACAAAGCACCAAAUCAAUUAUUCAUCUUUUGACUCAAACAUAACCCACACAACUGAGGGUUAAUGAUGCCAUGAUGGAGACGUGCUUGUAAAUAGGCUGGUAGAAAUAUUAGGACAGCAGUAACGCUCUUCAAGGACCUUCAAUGCAAAUGAGGAAUUGGCCUAUUAAAGUGACAUAUGUGUGAGGUAUUGACUUGAUGAGCUGUGCCUUUGCGCAGUGACUCCCCAUAGGGGCUCUGUUUGAACAGCCAGUACACCGAUUCCCCCAUGUAGGCUCCUUAUAUAACACCCCCAUCCCCAAUCCUCACACUCAUACUGUAGAGUGCACUGUAGCUUAUUCCUUUGUACAGAAAUAUAUAUCACAAUGAAUGUUUUUUUUUAUAAUAAAGACUAGCAGCUCCUCCGGGGAAAAAAGAGAAAUGUAGUUGAGAGGACAAUGAAGGGUGUGCAGGCACUAUACCAAAACUGAAUGAAAACUAUUGGAAUUUAAUAGACUUAAAAUUAAGUAGGAUACAUUUCAAAACCCAGACACAUAAAUGUACACUAGAGAAAGGUGAUAACUAGGGUAGCUAGAUAAUAUAAAAGCAACAUAUAAUUACAAGGCUUUUUCUGCCUGUGAUCUUCUAGGCAGCAGAGUAAUUUUUGUAAAUGAGACUGAAUGAUUGUGAGGUAAUAGGCCUAUAUCAGAUAUAAAACCCCUCUACUAUGUAGGAAUGUUAAAAGUCAGGGGGGCGCAGCUCAAGAUGGGAUCAUGUAAGUGACACCGGGACCUUAGAAGCGUCCUUGGCUGCAGGUCAUGUUCCUAUAAUGGGUUUAAAUAUUACAGCAGCCGUCACCACUCUGGUCCUCCCCGGAGGUUCAGUGGAAUAACUUGACCACCGAGUUAUGGGUCGAGGAGGAAGGAGCAACAGGCUAGAGGUUAAACAAAAAUCAGUUUCAGAGUGGCUUGUUGAACCUGAAAAUCUUAGUAGAAAUGAAAAUAAAAUAUAAAUAAUGAGGACUUUUUUUUCUUGAACUCAUCAAAAUGGUAUUCAUUAUCAACCCUGCUGGUUAUCAAUAUAAAUGGAAGGUGUAUUUAUAGGCCAGUGUCCACGUGUUAAACACGUGUCUUAAUGUAUUACUGCUCUUGUUUUGUCCCCUGUUUUAACAGGCACUUAAAUUGAAUUAAUGGGCACUGAAUUCAAAGGUUACAUGUUCACAGUUUGAAAGGUCUUAAAAUAGAAUAAAUAGAACAAAUAGUCCUUAGAAACUACAUUAGUUGGCACAGUAGGGGAGCUAUAAUUAAAAUUAGGCAAAGGCCUAUUCAGUUUAAAUCUCAUGUCUCAGAUGUCAGUGGUUUGAUUUUGUUGCAACCAUGGAGGGAUAAUUUAUGUCAGGAUUGUGUUCCUGUGUACAGUCAUAUUUUGUGAAAUUUUAAGUUUGCAAUCCUACUACCACCACUUGAGGCAGCAGAAGAUGGACAUUUCAACCAUUUAUCCAUUAGUUUUAGCUAAGUAUUUGUUUAUCUAUUACACAUAGCUGUUUCAACGGUGGAUCUAUUUGUUUAUUCAUUACUUUUAGCUUACAAUUUAUAAAUUGUUUAAAUAGCGAUAGAGAAAAGUAGUCUUAGCUAAAAUUAAUAAUGGAAAAAAUUAUAUCUUUCUUUGUUAAAACCUGUAUAAAUUUUUAGUUAACCGUUGAGACAUCUUUCUUGCUACCACAGUUUUUAUACUCAAUUGCAAUAGUGGUCAAGUUUCAAUAUGCAGGUAUUAAUAUGAAGAUCCAAUCAAAUUGUAGAAUGUUUCCCAUAUUAAAAAUAUUAAAAUGGCAAGUACACAUUUUGUCACAUAAUGCAACAAUGGAAUGUAAUCUUCACAGUGUUUUAUGUUGGACUUGAAAAUGUAGACACUAUGUUGGCUCAGGUAUGUUAAAGUGUUCACUAUUUG